GAUCGUAAACCAUUUAUUUGUGUUCUAAUUUUUUUUUUUUAAUUAAUAGAAACUUAACAAGCUAGAAGAAGAGGAGGGCUUAAGAGAGUCAGCUGGCUAUUAUGAUGAAAGUGAAAGUGAUGAUGAUGAAAAUACAAGAAAUAUUAGAGCUUUAGCCAAAAGGAUUCGUGAGAAAAAAGGCAUUCUUAAAAUUGAAUCUCAGUUGAAAAGGAGUAUUACUAAGCCAAAAUUACCGAGAACAGCUAAAAAACGGACACGUAGUGUCAGCAGGCUGAAGAUGGAAAUGAGGCAAUUAGGAGUUGAAUUAGGGGACAAAAAAGCUCAUUUUGAUGAUGCUCAAGUGGGUAGAGUGGUGAGAUCAGUCAAGCGAAAGAGAGAAGAUAGCGAAGGAAGGGUGCGCAGUAGCUCCAGAAUACCUAGAGACGAAUCUGGUGUUAGAGAUGUCAAGAUGAAGAAGAGGGCUAGAACACUUUCAAAACUGUCUCAACGUGCUAGUAAUAGAUUAGCAAAGAAGGGUGAAGGUGACAGAAAGAUAUUGGACUUAAAACCAAAACAUUUGUUUGUAGGAAAACGUACCCUCGGCAAAACAUCUCGUCGAUAAAUAGAGCACCUAUAGUAUUUGUUAAAAAAUUAUAAAUGCAUUUUAUGUUUGUAAAUUGUUAUUAAAUAUGUACUCACCUUUU